AUGCAAUCUAUCAAGCAGUUCUUUGCAAAAUUCUAUAGCACAGAAGGAGUACCCUCAGAGAUUUUCAACAAGACUCUUUACUUUGCCAUCUUUGUCUUUGGUAUUCUUGGGUGUGGACGUGGUUACGAUGAAGGCUACAUCGGUGGUGUUGUUUCCAAACAACCAUUCAUCGACACCUUUGGGCUCGAUAAUCCAUCGUGGUCAGAAUCUUAUGAGGCUAAUGUGGAAUCCAACAUUACCUCCAUGGUCAUUCUAGGCUCCAUCGGUGGUUCCCUUUUCGCCAUGUACUUCAUCGAUAGAUUUGGUCGUGUCAGAACAUUACAAGGUUCUCUAAUCUUGUGGAUUGUUGCUGUCAUCAUUGAAAUCACCUCGACUGAUUUGGGCCAGCUCUACGCUGGUAGACUCAUAGAGGGACUUGCUAUUGGCCAAACUGUGGUUAUUGGCCCUUGUUAUUUGUCUGAGAUUGCUCCAAAAAACAUCCGUGGUUUGGCAAACUGUAUCUUUGCAGGUGCAGUUUACUUUGGCUCAUUCAUGUCCAAUUUCAUCAACUACGGUUGUUCACUUCACAUUGACACCAAUUCACAAAAGCAGUGGAUUAUUCCAACAGCAAUAAAGAUUGUUGUCGCUGGUCUUUUGUUUAUUGGCUCUUUAUUCUGCUUUGAAUCCCCAAGAUGGCUUGCUAAAAAGGGCCAGGAGGAAAAGACUAGCAUUGCCCUUUCGAAGAUUAGAAACUUGCCCACUGACCAUCCAUAUGUACUUUCAGAGUUGAGUGAUAUCCAAGAGCAAAUCUCUGUUGAAAUCCUGGAGCACGGGAAAAUGACCAAAUUCGGUGCAUUUAAGGAACUCUUUACGAUCAAAUCCUUACGUUAUCGUAUCCUUCUCGCAUUGUCUGCACAGAUUCUUGGACAAUGGUCAUUUGCUGGAAGUAUCACCGUUUAUAUGACUGAGCUUGUUUCACUUGUGGGAGUUACGGGAACAAGAAGAGUUCUCUAUUCAGCCAUUCUCGGUGUUGUGAAGUUCAGCUCCGCAUAUAUUGGUGCGUUCUUUGUCAUCGAUAUCUUGGGUCGUAAGAAGGCAUUGCUUAUGGGUAUCACCAUUCAAUUGAUAGCAACUUUGUAUUUUGCUAUAUAUUUACAAAUCGUUCCACAAGCUACAGAAAACAAUAUUCAAUUAACAGAUUCUCAAUCAAGAGCAGGUGUUGCAGCUUUGGCCUCAUUGUUCAUCACUGGUGUCGGGUGGACCCUUGGUUGGAAUUCAAUCCAAUAUCUCAUUAACUCUGAAAUGCUUCCAAUACACGUCCGUCACAUUGGUACCGCAUUGAUCAUGAUUUUCCAUUUUGCAAACCAAUACGGCAACACAAAGGCCUUACCUUCCAUGUUGAUCUAUUUGACACCAGCUGGAACGUUCUUCUUUGCAAGUGCUAUUCUUGUCAUUGGCCUUUUCUGGGCAUGGUUCCUAUUACCAGAGAUCGCCGGUAGAUCCUUGGAGAGUAUGGAGGAGCUUUUCAAUCUUCCAUGGUAUCUCAUUGGAAGAAAAGGAGCCCAGCUUUGUCCAGACCAUUCAGGCAUUGCACACAUCAAACAAAAUGGUGAAAUAACAGAGAUGAACAUUAAGAGCGAACAGGAGUUUGUCGAGGAGGUUUCCAAUUACUCCGGGAAUUCUUCAUCGAACAACCAGAAGAACGUUGAUUUGGAAAAGGGUGCCCACUGA